AUGAUCUCACGUCGGGAACUCAAGCCCUAUGUGGCCGAGUUCCUUGGAACCGCCCUGCUGAUCGUCAUUGGCGAUGGAGUCGUCGCCCAGUGUCUGCUGUCCAACUGGUACUACGGCACUUGGCUGUCAAUCAACUUGGCCUGGGCUUCUGCUGUCGCCCUCUCCGGCUACUUAGCUGACCCCAGUCCGUCCAUUAACCCGGCCGCGACCCUCGCUCUCGCCCUGGUGCGUCCAUCGGCGGGCCAGUGGAGACAAAUUCCCGGCAAGCUGGCGGCACAGUUCCUGGGUGGCUUUGUCGGUGCCGCAAUCGUGUACAUUAACUACCGUUCAGCCAUCAAGGACUGGGAUCCGGAAUACACGAUCCCCGGUGGAUCGAUUCUGAGCCCCACCGGUCACCACUCCGCGGGUAUCUUCUCGACCUACCCGGCUGCUUUCUUCAAGUCCAACUGGGAAGGUGUAUUCUCCGAGGGGCUGGGCGCCGCGGUGCUCAUGUUUGUUCGCCUCCUUUUGCUGCUUCUCAUGAUUGGCGCGGCAUUGGGUUGGCAGACCGGCUACGCUAUUAACCCCGCUCGAGACUUCGGUCCUCGCUUGUUCUCUGCCAUUCUCUAUGGCCGAGAGGUCUUCACCGCAGCCAACUACUAUUUCGUCGUCCCGCUCUUUGCCCCUAUCAUCGGCUGCAUUGUGGGUGCGGCGACUUAUGAUAGCUUGCUCUUUGAGGGUGAGGGUUCCCGCGUUACCGACGCUCUGGACAAAGCCGAAGGUCACGGAUCCCUUCGACUGGACUAG